AUGGAGGAGGUGCAGGGAUCACAUCGGGGAUCAUAUAUCUGGGGUCGUAGCGUCCACAAUAUUCGCAUUGAGCGUCUUUGGGUCGACUGGACCAGCGGGGUUGGCUCAAAGUGGAAGAUUUUCUUUCAAAACCUCGAGGUCCAUGAUGGCCUUGAUCCUGACCUGCCGUCUCAUAUUUGGCUACUGCACCACUUAUUUCUCAACAUUAUCAACUCUGAAGGGCUACAGUGGGCAAAUUCAUGGAAUGCCCAUACAAUGACAUUGCCAGGUCAGCGUAAUGACAGCCCACAUGCCCUCCGCUUCUUCAGUAUCAUUAGCGGAGGUGGACGUGGACUUGACGCCCAUGGAAAUAUUCUACCUCACUUUCAGCCAAUGGCAGACGAUCUAACCCCUGAUGGCAUAGAAGAAUACGGAAUUGACUGGGAAGCCUACGACGAUCAUCACAUACGACAUCAUAACGUUGAUGAAAACCCCCCUGAUCAUCUGGAAAACAAUCCGUUUGUUGCUCACUGGCCUGAGCAACAUAACGUUGUAGAGGUAGAGGCGCCGGACUGUCCACUUACAGCUCAGCAGCUAGAAUAUCUACAUACUUACAUCGAAGAUUUGUCGAUAGAUACUAUGGAGCAGCGGCACGCACUAUGGGUUGCUGCAUUACAAGUUUGUCGUGAUAUCUUUCAAUGGGUAUAG